AAUAUAUUUUCUGGCCAUAAAUACUUGUUAAAUCAAUAUUUUCCUUGUUUAAAUCGUGUAGAUAACUUUUGUUUCUAUGAAAAAAAUUAUAUAAGAUUUACCUCCCCUUAAAUGCAAUCUUCAUUCAGAGGAGGUAGAAAAGAGAAGGGAAGUCAAAUGGAGGUCAAAAACAGUGAUCAUGAUGAGUUUGGUUAAUCUUUUAAUUUAAGAUCUUUGUGGUCAGAUCUAUUUAACCAGAAUGACUUCCAUUAUUUCUAUAGUUGAUAUGAUUUAUUUAUAAUUGGAAAUGGAGAUUCAUUUACAAGCACCACCUGUGUGUGACUUUCAUGAUGAAGAAUCUGAUUGUGAUUUGGGCAAAACUUUUUACAUUUAUGAAUGUGACAGAGAUAUUUUGAACCAUCUAUAUUCUCUUCAAAGUGCAGAAAUUAUACACAAGCAUGUUUAUGAUGCCCACAUAUGCCCCGAGUAUAUGUUAAUAUUAUAUCGAAGUGGGUAUUUCACGAUUGAUAAAACCGUUCUAUCGAUGAAAAUAUGCAUAAAGCACCGUGAAGAGCUGGGGGCAAGAUGGAAAAGACCCAGGCGAACCUGUUCUUAUCCUGGUCAUCAGGGAAAGAUAAAACCAGACAGAGGAGCCAGUCCAAGAUUGUGCAAAGAACUCUGGUUAAAGACAAGACAAAUAUUACCAGUAGGGGCAGCAAUAUGCAAGAAGUGCUCAAUGGAACAUAAGAAGAAUGUCUCUCCAUCUUACAAUUUAGAGUUUGUGGAAGAACUUGGUAAUUAUUAUAUUUGUAAACUAUACAAUAGCUAG